UGAUCCCGUAUUGAUUACUUCCUCGGCAGGACUGCCCUAGCUAGUAACUAACAGUAGGCAGCCGAGUAACAUCGUCCACCCUCACUUAGUCCAUAAUGUCCACCCCGCCACCCCGCAUUUCCGUAGUCGUUCCCGCGCUAAACGAAUCCAAACGUGUGCGCGGAGCGGUUGAGAGUGCGACACGUCUCGGAGGAACGACAGAAUCGCAGAAGGAAAUGGGUUCAGGGUGUGCCGUCGAGGUCAUUGUCGUGGACGGCGGCAGCGAAGAUGACACCGCGCUAGAGGCGAAACGCGCGGGAGCUCGUGUUCUUGCGUCAGCACGGGGCAGAGCGACGCAGUGCAACGUUGGCGCGAACGCGGCCACGGGAGAGGUCCUUCUGUUCCUUCACGCGGACUCGACGUUACCCCCAUCUUUUAAGAAUGACGUCUGGGCUCGGUUCACUGAGCGAGGCGGAGGCGAAUGCAGCGCAGAGUGGGGCGCGUUUAGGUUUCGUCUUGGUGACGGUGAUGCUGCUGUCUCCGUACCAACACUCGCUCGCAUCCGUUUUGGAAUCCUUGAAUUUCUAGUGAACCUUCGUGCUUCCCUUUUCCACUUUCCUUACGGUGACCAGUGCCUCGUUGUGCGUAAAUCAACCUUCGAAGCCGUAGGCGGUUUCCCACCGAUGCCAUUUUUAGAGGACUAUGAGCUAGUUCGGCGACUUCGACGGAAGAGUGCACCCGUGCUUAUGAAAUCAUCCGUCACAACAAGUGUGCGAAGGUGGAACACAUUGGGUUUUCUGAGAACGACAGCAAUGAAUCAGCUUGUUCUACUCGGGUAUGCUGUUGGCGUCCCCGUCGAGAUUUUGGCGCGAUGGUACAGUACAGGGCGAGGAAUGGGGGGUUCUGUUUGCAAUGAGAAAAAAUGAAUCAAGGC